CUCGCGAGAGCUCUAAGCCGGAAACCUCGAGGCGUGGCCCGGAAGCUCCGUUGCUGUGUAGGCCGGGGUGAACCGAGCUGCUGCUGAGGCCAUGGCGGACACGGACCCCAAGACCGUGCAGGAUCUCACGGCUGUGGUGCAGACGCUGCUUCAGCAGAUGCAGGAUAAAUUUCAGACCAUGUCUGACCAAAUAAUUGGACGGAUCGAUGACAUGAGCUGCCGCAUAGAUGACCUGGAGAAAAACAUAGCGGAUCUGAUGACACAAGCAGGAGUGGAAGAACUGGAAGGAGAGAACAAAGCCCCCGCUACCACUAACAAGAGUUAAGGUUGCCAAUAACUUAAGGUGAAUGCUGGAAGACUUUGGUGGUUUUUUUUUUCUACAAGCCCUUGGAAUAAACAGAAGAGCUUUUCGCAAUUACUGUGUGUAAAAGCAUUUUUAUAUUGUUACAGAGCUUGCAUUCUUAAUGUAUAUUGUAUAGCUAGGGAUAGGUUAGUUUCUAUUUCAAUUUGUGUACUGUAAUUUCACCUCUCAAAUUCUUGUUAUGAGGAUCAAUUAGUUGUUAUUAAAACACAGAUCUUAUGGAUCUCAA